AGCAGCUCCAAUCUCAGGCCACUCUGUUCUGGGUGAAUUCCAAGCAGGGGUAGGACCCUUGCAACAGAUUGCUUUUAAAUUCUCGUUUAUAAUUCAAAAAAUUGCUUCACCCAUUCACCCCCCGACCAACCGCCUUCCACAUUCUCCAUUCACAGAUUUAGGGUCUCGUCUCAUUGGAGUAUUAGUUAAGUUAAGUUGCGGAUUUCAUAUGAUGAUUACCUCGUUUAUGUUCUUUGUUUCCUACCGCCCAUUAUCUGGUGUCUGGGUUUGAAAAAUUUUCAAUUUUUUCCUAGAUUAUAAUUAUUAUUAUUAUGGUGUAAGUAUUAGCCGUUUUAUUCCUUCCACCCAUCAAUUUAUGGGUUCGGAAAAGCUUAGUGGUUUGGGUAGAAGUGUUUCAUUUAGAGCGAGGUCAGUGAUUCCUGGAAGCCCUAGAGUUAGCAGGAAGAGCUGGGUUUCGAAAUUGUUUAGAAUACUCGUUGUGAUUGGAUCUGUGGUAUCAUUUCUUUUGGCGAUUGGCGGGGGCUAUCUGUAUGUCCACCCGGGCCAUACCCAAGCACUUCACGUAGCCGGUGUUCCAGCCUUCAAUGGUGUUGAUAGCGAGUGUGAUGUAUAUGGUGAUGGAGAUUGGGUCGUGGAUAACCGCUACCCGUUGUACAAUGCCUCCGAAUGCCCUUUUGUGGAGCAAGGGUUUAACUGUUUGGCAAAUGGCCGACCCGAUAGAGACUACGUGAAGUUGAGAUGGAAGCCCGAGAGAUGUGAUAUUCCGAGAUUCAAUGUGGACGGUGCCUUGGAAAUUCUCCGGAACAAAAGGGUUGUUUUCGUGGGUGACUCGAUGGGUAGAACACAAUGGGAAUCUUUGAUAUGUUUGCUGAUGACGGGGGUGAGGGAAAAGACUAGUGUUUUUGAAGUUAAUGGGAAUGCUAUAACGAAGCAAAUCCGGUUUUUAGGGGUGAGGUUUGGUUCCUUUAAUUUCAGUGUAGAGUUUUACAGAUCAGUUUAUCUUGUGCAACACAGUUGGUCGGCUAAACGUGCACCCAAGAGAGUUAGGUCAACACUUCGACUGGACAGGUUGGAUGAUAUUAGCGCUGAGUGGAGUAAUGCAGACAUACUGGUUUUCAAUUCCGGACAGUGGUGGGUGCCGGGAAAGCUUUUUGGAACAGGGUGCUAUUUUCAAGUUGGUCAUACACUCAAACUUGGAAUGUCAAUACCGAUGGCUUUCAGAACCGCUCUACAAACUUGGGCGUCCUGGGUUGAUACCACCAUUAACCCGAAUAGAACAAGCGUAUUUUUCAGAACAUAUGAACCAUCUCAUUGGAGGAAUCUAACACUGCAUGAAUGUGACGUGCCAAACCAACCUCUUUCAGAGGCUAGAGGAGAAGGAAACAAUUCAUUCUCAGAUGCAAUAUUCGAUGUUGUUAAAAGGAUGACCGUCCCUGUUACUGUCCUGCAUAUCACUCCCAUGUCUGCAUUUAGGAGUGAUGCCCAUGUGGGCACUUGGAGCGACAAUCCCUCACUAUCUGACUGUAGCCACUGGUGUCUACCUGGAGUGCCUGAUGUGUGGAAUGAGAUACUACUUUCUUAUCUUCAUGCAACAUACACAUCUACACUUUCUCAAAGGGCGAGGAGCAAUUCUACAAUUACAAGGUAGCGGCAAUUUUGCACAGUAAUGUAUAGUUUACAGAGACAAAGUAUCGUGCGUGAAUUUGUUAUUUGUUUCGUAACGUAGUUGCUCACGAUGAAGGGGAAACAUGAUUUUCCAUUGCCUGGAAACGAAAUGGCGUUUCAUCGUC